AGCGCCGCUCCGGGGCGGGCGGGCGGCGGCGGCGGCGGCGGCGGCGGCGGGACCCACGGAACCGCUUUGUGUGCAGCCCGACGAGGGGCGGCGGCGGCGGCGCAACCACCUGACAGAGGCCGGGCGCUCGCUGCACCGUCCGUCCGCAUGAGGAGGAGAGGCCGGUAGAGGACUGUGAAAGAAAAGUUAUCCCCCAGGAUGGACUUCACGCAGCCGAAGCCUGCCACGGCCCUCUGUGGCGUCGUGAGUGCGGACGGGAAGAUCGCUUACCCUCCGGGAGUAAAAGAGAUCACGGACAAGAUCACCACCGACGAAAUGAUCAAACGUCUGAAGAUGGUAGUGAAAACUUUUAUGGAUAUGGAUCAGGAUUCAGAAGAUGAAAAACAACAGUAUCUCCCACUAGCCUUGCAUCUUGCAUCUGAAUUCUUUCUCAGGAACCCUAAUAAAGAUGUGCGCCUUCUUGUAGCUUGUUGUUUGGCUGAUAUAUUUCGAAUCUAUGCCCCAGAAGCUCCAUACACUUCCCACGAUAAACUUAAGGACAUAUUUCUCUUUAUUACCAGACAAUUAAAAGGUUUGGAGGAUACAAAGAGCCCACAGUUUAAUAGAUAUUUUUAUUUAUUAGAGAAUUUAGCUUGGGUUAAAUCAUAUAACAUCUGCUUUGAAUUGGAAGAUUGCAAUGAAAUUUUUAUUCAGCUUUUUAGGACUCUCUUCUCAGUAAUCAACAAUAGCCACAAUAAGAAAGUACAGAUGCACAUGUUAGACUUGAUGAGUUCUAUCAUCAUGGAAGGUGAUGGAGUUACUCAAGAAUUAUUGGAUUCCAUUCUUAUCAAUCUCAUCCCUGCACACAAGAACUUAAAUAAACAGUCCUUUGACCUUGCGAAAGUCCUGUUGAAAAGGACAGUCCAGACUAUUGAAGCAUGUAUUGCCAAUUUUUUCAAUCAAGUGCUGGUGCUGGGCAGAUCAUCAGUCAGUGAUCUCUCCGAACACGUAUUUGAUCUGAUUCAGGAACUUUUUGCUAUAGAUCCUCAUUUAUUGUUAUCUGUCAUGCCACAGCUUGAAUUCAAACUGAAGAGCAAUGCCCGGUGAGGAAGCUAGCUGUGGUCGCGACUACCUACAAAAUUGACAGGCUCUAAAGAUUCAGAUUUAACAACACAGAAUCGGCCUCUUUGGCAAAAGUGCUUUCUUAGAUUUAAUGACAUUCAUGUUCCUGUGAGGUUAGAAAGUGUGAAGUUUGCCAGUCACUGUUUAAUGAAUCACCCUGAUUUAGCAAAAGAUCUCACAGAAUAUUUAAAAGUUAGGUCACAUGAUCCGGAAGAAGCCAUUCGUCAUGAUGUCAUUGUUACUAUAAUAACAGCUGCCAAAAGAGACCUUGCCUUAGUAAAUGAUCAGUUGCUUGGCUUUGUCAGGGAAAGGACACUGGAUAAACGGUGGCGAGUAAGAAAAGAAGCCAUGAUGGGUCUGGCUCAACUCUAUAAGAAAUACUGUCUUCAUGGUGAAGCAGGAAAGGAAGCUGCAGAGAAAGUCAGUUGGAUAAAGGACAAACUUCUACACAUCUAUUAUCAGAAUAGCAUUGAUGACAAACUGUUGGUAGAGAAAAUCUUUGCUCAGUAUCUUGUUCCCCAUAACCUGGAAACAGAAGAGAGAAUGAAAUGCUUAUAUUAUUUAUAUGCUAGCUUGGAUCCAAAUGCUGUAAAAGCUCUCAAUGAAAUGUGGAAGUGUCAGAACAUGCUUCGGAGUCAUGUGCGGGAACUGUUGGACUUGCACAAGCAGCCUACAUCGGAGGCUAACUGUUCUGCCAUGUUUGGGAAACUGAUGACCAUAGCAAAGAAUUUGCCUGACCCUGGGAAAGCACAAGAUUUUGUAAAGAAAUUUAACCAGGUUCUUGGUGAUGAUGAGAAACUGAGGUCUCAGUUGGAAUUAUUAAUCAGCCCAACCUGUUCAUGCAAGCAAGCUGACAUUUGUGUGAGGGAAAUAGCUCGGAAACUUGCAAAUCCUAAGCAGCCAACCAACCCCUUUCUAGAGAUGGUCAAGUUUCUGCUGGAAAGAAUCGCUCCUGUGCACAUUGAUUCAGAAGCCAUAAGUGCACUAGUGAAACUGAUGAACAAGUCGAUAGAAGGGACAGCCGAUGAUGAGGAGGAGGGUGUCAGUCCAGACUCAGCCAUUCGCUCAGGGCUUGAGCUUCUUAAGGUUCUGUCUUUCACACAUCCUACCUCGUUCCACUCUGCAGAGACAUAUGAGUCCUUGUUACAGUGCCUAAGAAUGGAGGACGACAAGGUAGCGGAAGCGGCGAUACAGAUUUUUAGAAACACAGGCCACAAAAUAGAGACUGACCUUCCCCAGAUACGGUCAACCUUGAUCCCCAUUUUACAUCAGAAAGCCAAGCGGGGCACUCCUCACCAAGCAAAGCAGGCUGUGCACUGCAUCCAUGCCAUCUUCUCAAACAAGGAAGUCCAGUUGGCACAGAUUUUUGAGCCACUCAGUCGGAGUCUGAAUGCUGAUGUACCAGAGCAACUUAUAACUCCAUUAGUUUCACUGGGCCACAUUUCCAUGUUAGCACCAGAUCAGUUUGCCUCCCCAAUGAAAUCUGUAGUGGCAAACUUCAUUGUUAAGGAUCUUCUAAUGAAUGACAGGUCAACAGGUGAGAAGAAUGGAAAAUUAUGGUCUCCGGAUGAGGAAGUUUCUCCUGAAGUGCUAGCAAAGGUACAGGCAAUUAAACUUCUGGUAAGGUGGCUGUUGGGUAUGAAGAACAAUCAGUCCAAAUCUGCCAACUCAACUCUGCGGCUGUUAUCAGCCAUGCUGGUCAGUGAGGGGGACCUGACAGAGCAGAAGAGGAUCAGUAAAUCUGAUAUGUCUCGCUUGCGAUUAGCUGCUGGUAGUGCCAUAAUGAAGCUUGCUCAGGAACCUUGCUACCAUGAAAUUAUUACCCCAGAACAGUUUCAGCUCUGUGCACUGGUUAUUAAUGAUGAGUGCUACCAAGUAAGGCAGAUAUUUGCCCAGAAGCUUCAUAAGGCACUUGUGAAGUUACUUCUCCCAUUGGAGUAUAUGGCGAUCUUUGCUUUGUGUGCCAAAGAUCCUGUGAAGGAAAGAAGAGCACAUGCUCGCCAGUGUUUAUUAAAGAACAUCAGCAUACGCAGGGAGUACAUUAAACAGAACCCCAUGGCUACUGAGAAGUUAUUAUCAUUGCUGCCUGAAUAUGUGGUUCCAUAUAUGAUUCACCUGCUAGCCCAUGAUCCUGAUUUUACAAGAUCACAAGAUGUUGAUCAACUUCGUGAUAUAAAAGAGUGCCUGUGGUUUAUGCUUGAAGUUUUAAUGACAAAGAAUGAGAACAACAGCCAUGCGUUCAUGAAGAAGAUGGCAGAGAAUAUCAAGCUGACCAGAGACGCCCAGUCUCCAGAUGAAGCCAAGACAAAUGAAAAACUUUAUACAGUUUGUGAUGUGGCUCUGUGUGUUAUAAAUAGUAAGAGUGCUUUGUGCAAUGCAGACUCACCAAAGGACCCAGUCCUCCCAAUGAAAUUCUUUACACAACCUGAAAAGGACUUCUCUAAUGACAAAAGCUAUAUUUCGGAAGAGACAAGAGUUCUUCUGUUGACAGGAAAGCCAAAGCCUACUGGAGUACUAGGUACAGUAAACAAGCCUUUAUCAGCAACGGGAAGGAAGCCUUAUGUUAGGAGUGCCGGCACGGAGACUGGAAGCAAUAUUAACGCCAGUUCAGAGCUGAGUCCUUCGGCCGGAAAUCGUUCAAGGGAACAGAGUUCAGAGGCAUCCGAAACUGGAGUUAGUGAAAAUGAGGAGAAUCCUGUGAGAAUAAUUUCUGUCACACCCGUAAAGAGUAUUGAUACGGUAAAGAAUAAGGAAAUUAAUUCUGAUCAGUCUACCCAAGGCAACAUCAGCAGUGACCGAGGAAAGAAAAGAAUUGUAACAGCAGCUGGUGCUGAGAAUAUCCAACAAAAACCAGAUGAGAAAGCAGAUGAGUCAGGACCCCCUGCCCCUUCCAAACCCAGGAGAGGACGUCGCCCCAAAUCUGAAUCUCAGGGCAAUGCAACCAAAAACGAUGAUCUAAGUAAACCUGUUAGCAAGGGAAGGAAGAGAGCUGCAGGCAGCCAGGAGAGUCUGGAGGCAGGCAAUGCCAAAGCGCCCAAGCUACAAGAUGGAGCCAAAAAGGCAGUUCCCGCCGAGAGACAAAUUGAUUUACAAAGGUAA